AUGCUUCCUCCUCGUGCUUACAUCUUCAUCGGCCUCAACGUCGUCCGCGCUUUGAGCAUCAUCUCCCUGUUGCUCGUCUUCGCGAGCAGCAUCUUUGUCCUCGUCAACGAUGUCCAAGCCGUCAACCGCUCCAUGUCCCAGCCCAGCUCGGACAUGGCCGACUGCGACUACAUCGAAGGCUCCACCGUCCCGAACCAGCCCGCAGGCGUGUUCUGGGCGGUCGUGAACCGGCUGCUGAUCAUCUUCCAAGUCGUCGUCCUCAUCCUCGCCGAGGUCGGCUGGCCGUCCUCCUUCUUCGCCAAGUACUUCCCCGUGCUCGGCCCCGACUUCGGGCUCGGCGCGCUCGGGAUCUUCCAGUGCCUCAUCGGGGCCACGAUCCUCUCGCACCACGUCGACGACUUCACGCUCGUCGCCGCCUUCUUCCUCUUCUCGCUCGGGUGCGUCAACAUGUUCCUCGGCCUCUUCCGCGAGCGCGUCAAGGCGAAGCGCGCGCUGCUCUCGUGGCGCGAGGAGGGCAAGAGCGUCCUCCCGCUGUACGGCAAGGGCGGCGACGUGCGCGACCUCCGCCCGCAGUUCGUGCGCCCCGCCGAGGAGUUCGUCGGCGGGUUCUUCAAGGGCGCCAAGGCGGACGAGGCCGAGCACGGCGAGAAGGGCCUCGGGUUCGGUCGGCAGGGGGAGAAGAAGGCGGCGCAGCGGGGGUUCUUCCUCAACAAGCCCGUCGGGAGCCUCCCUCGGUAUGCCCAGCAGCCUCGGUCUGCUGAGAGCUCUCGCGCAGGGUCGCCGGAGCCGCCGACGUUCAAGUCGAGCAAGACUGCGCUCUAG